UCUCCAUCCAACGGCUGAUAAAAUUAUGCUUGAUAAACAGGAAAACUCUUCUUUCUCUGAUAAUAUUCGGAAAUAAAAAACAUUUUAGGGUUUUCCUCAGUCUCUCUCUCUUAUAGACGCCAACCACGUUUUCCAGCUCUUGUUCUUUCGAUUCUCAGAGAAGACUUUUCAGAACAUCCUCCAACUUUCUCAGAUAAGCAACAAUGGUGAAAGGUCCCGGUCUCUACACCGAAAUCGGCAAAAAGGCCAGAGAUCUUCUGUACAAAGACCACAACAGUGACCAGAAAUUCAGUAUCACCACUUUCUCUCCUGCCGGUGUUGCCAUCACCUCAACCGGAACUAAGAAAGGUGACUUAUUGUUGGGAGAUGUCGCUUUUCAGUCGAGGCGAAAGAACAUUACUACUGAUUUGAAAGUUUGCACUGAUUCUACUUUUCUGAUCACCGCUACCGUUGAUGAGGCUGCACCCGGACUGAGGUCAAUCUUCAGCUUCAAGGUUCCUGACCAAAAUUCUGGCAAGGUUGAGCUGCAAUACUUGCAUGAGUACGCCGGUAUCAGCACAAGCAUGGGAUUGACUCAGAACCCAACUGUCAACUUCUCUGGUGUGAUUGGCUCCAAUGUCUUGGCUGUUGGUACUGAUGUUUCAUUUGACACCAAGUCUGGAAAUUUCACCAAGAUCAAUGCUGGUUUAAGCUUCACCAAGGAGGACUUAAUUGCCUCCCUUACUGUGAACGACAAGGGCGAUCUAUUGAAUGCAUCUUACUAUCACAUUGUGAACCCGCUGUUCAACACUGCGGUUGGAGCCGAAGUGAGCCACAAGUUAUCUAGCAAGGACAGCACCAUAACUGUUGGAACACAGCACUCGCUUGACCCCUUGACCUCUGUGAAGGCUCGUGUCAAUAGUGCGGGUAUUGCAAGUGCUCUCAUUCAACACGAGUGGAAACCCAAGUCAUUCUUCACAAUCUCUGGAGAAGUCGACACAAAGUCAAUUGACAAGAGUGCUAAAGUUGGAUUGGCUCUCGCACUCAAGCCUUGAAACUGAGAUGGAAGAAGAAGUUGCAAUAGUUUUUUUAAACUAGUUUCUUUCUACGUACUCUGUUUUUUCUCUGCUUGGUUCAUGGUUUGAGUGGGCAACUACUGAUCUUUCCCAUUUUCCUGCCGGAUUUGUAGAAGAAUAAAAAGGUUGAAAAUGAUCAUCUUGAGAUGGUGAUGAAACUCUUAAGAUCCUCCUCUUCUGCUUCUCUUUUUAUUUGCCGUGUCAUAAUGAAAAUUGCAUAUUCAGAUGGGCCUGUGUGUUGAGUAAGUGGACCUGUGUCCAGAGAGUUGAUUGAGAUGGGCUUCAUUUUAGGCCCACAUGUUUAUCGAUCAGGUUCAUUCUCUUCAUUAUAUGAAAGUGUCCUAUAUCGCAACAUUCUCUUCAUUAAUCAUUAUAUUAGUUUAUCGCCACAAAGUUCACUAUUCAAAGAUUCGAUUUUUCUCUCGCAAACAGAAAUU